GUGACAAUCUGCAGAGAAGUUGAAACGCAGGUGGAAGGAAGUCGAGCUGGAGGACUACGGCACUCAGGUGUGCACGUUUAUGGACAACAUAAUGGCGGAAUCGAGUUGGGCGGAAUGUAACACCCAGACGAGGGGCGAAAGGAUACAAACAGGCUCUGGCAGACGCAAGCAAACGCAAGCUCCCGGAGAUAAGUCGCAAAACUGGGAGCUGCCCAAGCCCGGCCAUCCAUCCAAUCUCACCCAGAAUUGCCCCAUGGGAUGUAAAAUGGAUGUUCGUAUACAGUUAACCUGUGCUUGGUUUUAUCCUGAAAGGGUUGAUACAAAGGGUUACAAAAUGAAGAGGAAAUAUGUACAUAUACCUAGGAACGUAACUAUACUCGUAAUUGUGGCCAAUGUGCGAACAUCAAUGAUUCCCCCCACAUAGCUGAGACCCAUCCGCGUGAA